AUGCCGGAGCCCACCUACAAAUCCACAUCUACAAGCUCAUCUACAACUCCAGAAAUCGACACUCCCAGCUCCUCUACUUCAAAUCUCUCGGACGAUGGCAUCCGCCUCUCUCCUAAUGGACUCUACCUGACUCUCAGCGAAAUCGGCCAGCACGAGAACUACCACUGGGCCUUGCUAGUCGCCAACUCAACCACCACCGGCACGCGACUGCAUCAGUUCCGACCCAACGACGAAUCUGAAUGGCAGUAUACCACACAAGCUGAAGAUGUUGCUACGUCACGCGAUAUGCUGGUGGCUCUCAAGGUAGGCGAGCUACCUGACAUCAACCCCGAGUGGAUGGCGGCCAUAGACGAGUGUGUUCGCUCUGCGAAUCUACGGGAAUCAGAGAAAUUUUCAUGUCGGGCAUGGGUGAUGGCUGCUGUGUAUGCCUUGGCGGACGGCGGGUUUAUUGAUCUGGAACCUUGUUGGGUGAAGGUUGGCAUGGUAGAGGAGGAAGCGAAGGCGUUGGUGGCUGGCGCAACCUCGCUGGAUACUAAGAUCGUGGUUUCGAGUAAGUAUCUAUGA